AUGAAGUGUCAACAGUUUUUGCUCGCCAUCGUCAUGGCUUCUGUGCUGCUGGUCACGAUGAUCCAGGCACGUCCUCAAUACGGCUACGAGCAGCCUCAGGCCAGCGAUUUGCUGCUCGGAGGCGUUGGACUCGGCGGCGGCGGCGGCGGCGGCAAUCCCGGUGGUCUACAGUUUUUGCCCUCGUCAUCGUUGUCGUCGUCACAUCGCGGUGGCGAUAAAUAUCUGCCCCCAGCAAGCACCACUCAGGCACCGAUCAUCAAUAAGAAAUUCUAUUUGGUCUCGGCACCCGAGGAUCACAGCAACGAUGGCAAAGUGAAGCAUCUGGUGUUGGGCAGACCGCAGAAGAACUAUCGUGUCGUCUUCAUCAAGGCCCCAGCUGGCGAUAAUGCCAAUGUGAAGUAUUCGGCUGAAUUUGCCCCGCAAGAGGAGAAGACCGUGAUCUAUGUGCUGAGCAAGAAGGAUAACGAUCUCGAUGCCGGUGAUAUUGCGACGCCAGCGCCCACACAGCCCAGCAAGCCGGAGGUCUUCUUCAUCAAGUACAAGACUGACGAUGAGGCGAAUCAGGCACAGAAGGAGAUCCAGGGACAAUACGAUAAGCUCGGUGGCACAAAUGAGUAUCAGGAGGAUAACAAUGCGCCCAUCACUUCGGUCAUUGGCAGUCUCGAUGGCCUCAAUCCCGAUGGCAGCUACAACUAUCGUCAGAUCAAUCGUCCUGGCAAUAACGGACAUCCCAGUGCUCAGUAUCUGCCCAGUGGACUCAAGCAUUAG